UAUCAUUAAACUGCGCUUUGUGGAUAUUUAACAGUCAACGGGUUGGUGUGUUAAGAAGCUGAACAGUUACUCGGACUAGUCCCUUGACUUUUUCCUGCUGAGGUGUGACUGCAGCAGCUGAUUCAGAAGCAUCACCAGAGGUCACCACCCGCCAGAGAAACCCGAUGAGUCUGCUUCACCAUCAUUCCUCAGGACAAACCUUACGCCAGACGGUCAUUAUACAGAAGUCAGACAUGGACAGCAACAGGUCCCACAUUGCCUCCAUCCUCCACGUGGAGCUCGGCCAGUUCAGUGACUACAUGGACGAGAACUACACGAACUCCACCGGCGGUGAGCGACACUCUCUGGGCUGCGUGCAGAUCCGCAUCCCGCAGGAGCUCUUCCUGGCGCUGGGGCUCAUCAGCCUGGUGGAGAACAUCCUGGUGAUUCUGGCCAUCAUCAAGAACCGCAACCUGCACUCGCCCAUGUACUACUUCAUCUGCUGCCUCGCCGUGUCCGACAUGCUCGUCAGCGUCAGCAACGUGGUGGAGACCAUCUUCAUGCUUCUCCACGACCACGGCCUGCUGGACGUGCACCCAGGUAUGCUGCGCCACCUGGACAACGUCAUCGACGUGAUGAUCUGCAGCUCCGUGGUGUCCUCGCUCUCCUUCCUGUGCACCAUCGCCGCGGACCGCUACAUCACCAUCUUUUACGCGCUGCGCUACCACAGCAUCAUGACCACGCAGCGCGCCAUCAUCAUCAUCGUGGUGGUGUGGCUGGCCAGCCUCGCCUCCAGCAUCCUCUUCAUCGUGUACCACACCGACAACGCGGUCAUCGUGUGCCUCGUGACCUUCUUCUGCACCACGCUGGUGUUCAACGCCGUGUUGUAUCUGCACAUGUUCCUCCUGGCGCACGUGCACUCGCGGCGCAUCGUGUCUUUCCAUAAAAGCAGUCGCCAGACCACGAGCAUGAAGGGGGCGAUCACCCUCACCAUCCUGCUCGGGGUCUUCAUUGUAUGCUGGGGCCCAUUCUUCCUCCAUCUCAUCCUCAUCCUCACCUGCCCCACCAGCCCCUUCUGCAACUGUUUCUUCCGAAACUUUAACCUUUUCCUGAUCCUCAUCAUCUGCAACUCGCUCAUCGACCCGCUCAUCUACGCGUACCGGAGUCAGGAGCUGCGCAAAACCCUCCAGGAGCUGGUCCUGUGUUCUUGGUGCUUCGGCGUCUGACAUCUUUUACAUUCAGGGAGAAAAGAUCAAGUCGGGCUAGUGUCGCCCCUCUCUUCUUCUUCCAAAAUGCACAUUAUUGUUGCAGAAGCUGAAGUGAGCCUUGACUCAUACAUGGUGGAAGACGCCAAUGCGCAACGCUGUACAUGACAGACCAAGACUGUAUCUGUGUUCAAGACUAUUGCACAUGCCAUCGGGGACUUUAUGGUUAUUCCCACCCAUGGCUGCAGAUUUAUUCGCCUGUUACUUUGCCUGCUGUUACGUUACACUACUCCUGAGUCAGGUUCAAGCUGUGAAACGUCUGGACAUUUAAUCCAGAGGAGAUUCUUCGUUAAAGAGUUAUUAUGCUAAAUUAUAAUAACUAAUGACCGUUUUAUUUUUUGUUUAUAAAGUUUUUUUCAUGUUUUUGUCCUCCUGUAAAUGAUACUCUUGUAUAUAAAACAUAAUUUUGUGUUGGUGGAAAUGUGUCAUCUACUCUCAACUCUCAGCUUUUCAAACCUAUUGACAAUUCAAUUUGAUCAAGAAAAGUUUACGAAAAACCCGUAGUGGAGAAAAAUGUUUGAGGCCAUUAUAUCUCUGAGCUGAAUUUCUUCCUUCAUUAAAUAAUAACUUAAUGUUAGUGUGCUUGUUAUUGGGCUAUUUCAUGUCCUGAACAUGAACAAAAGUCUCCUUAUGAUGCAAAAAGUUGGAUUUAUUUCUGAGGGAGCUUAAGGUCAAAUAAGCACAGCUCUUAACAAACCAGGCUUUAACAUGCAUGGCUUUGUAGAUAAUGUGAUGUGUUGUAGAGAAAGAAUUGGGCUCCAGUGUUUGAUUAUUUUCAUGUCCAGACCCUGGGGCCUUUUCUCCACCUUGCCUCCAUUCACUGCUGUUUGAAACUAUUUGAUUGUUGCAUCCUCCAAAAAAACAGAAGCACUGUGUGCAAUGAAGGAUGAUGCCGAAAUGAUUGCUGCUAAAACAAUUUAUUUCACGUAGGAAUAAAUUGAAAAGGAUCAUCAAGUUUUUGUCUAAAGAACAUGAAAUAGCUGAGAUAUGAAAGGAAAGCUUUGUACUUAGCCUUGGUAUGAUGUAACUUUACAAACGGCGUGUUGCAGUCAACUUGGGGGUGUUGUGUGGAAAUUACUCCCCCAAAAAUAAAUGUCUGAAUGACUGACGAUAAAAAAAUAAAAAAGAUGCUAAAUCACAUGAACGCCCCUGCCUGGUGGUAGGCCUGAGGCCCAGGGCACAACAAGAGGGUUUUAUGAAAGAAGUUAUAUCAAAGUUAUAUUUCUGGAAGUUUUUGUGGUUGUUUGAGAUGUGUGAUGAAUGAAAGAGCUCGAUUUCAGUUAUACUGAUAAACUAUUGAGACAUUAUGGCUCUGGAAAUUGAGAAGUUUGCUAUUUUCUUUUCUUUUCUUUUUUUCUUAUCCUAUAAUAUCUUUAUUGAUCCUACGGAUUCAGUGUAAAUAGAACAUGCAUGUUUUCCUUUAGAAAAACGGAAAUGCAGUCAUAAAUCUGCACUUGAGCCAUGAAGUCUAGAUCUUUUUACAAAAAUUCCCACUCACCGUAAGUGUUUGUGUUGGUUUUACCGACAGUGGUUUCUAAUUGAAGGGGAAAAGACUCACAGGUCCCAUGAUAAGGCUUAUCUGCAAAGACAGAAAUAGCUAACAAUUCAAUUUAGACUACUGAUGGAAACCAUUAAUGAAAAGUGCAUGUUAAUACUGACAAUAAUGUCGGCUGAAAUGUAGUUUACUGCUGAGUACUGUAAUUUACAGGUUUUCUUUCUUUUUGUCUUUCUUUCUGUCUUAUUUCUUUCUUUCUUUCCACGCAACAUUAAAAGAGAUAACUGAUUUUAAUGCUUUGCCUGGUGGGUGUAUUUCUGUUUCGUAAGAGUUAGUAGUAAUCAGGAAUGUGAUUUGAAAUUUAUUUUUGGUCUUCAAAUAUCUUCCAUGGCUUGAAGACUUGAAAAGGUCAAAAAUACACUGAUCUGCCAUCAAUUCUAAUGCUGAGGCUGAUGGGUGUAACUUUAUAGUACGUCUGUUAUGUGUCUACUAUAUAAAAUAAGCUCUUUUAAAAGUAAGACUUGGAGAUUAUGGUGCAGGCUGCUUUGGUAUAUUUGGUAUAGUAAACCUGAUUCAACUGUAAAUGCUGUGAGUAUAAUUAUAAAUCCUGCAGCUUUUAUCCCAUGUUUACUUGAAUGUGAGUGAAACAAGAUUGUGUUGUACAGCUGUUGUA